AUGGCACCCCAUUCUGUUACACUUUCGUCUUUUGACCAUCUUCACUUUAGUGACAAGGACAAAAUGAAGCUGAGGAAGCCAAUUGUUGAAAAGAUGCGCAGAGACCGCAUCAACAGCUGCAUCGACCAGCUCAAGAGUCUCCUUGAGAAGGAAUUCCACAGCCACGACCCCAGCGCCAAACUGGAGAAGGCCGAUAUCCUGGAAAUGACCGUCAGCUUUCUCAAACAGCAGCGGCAGCAGCAGCAGCUUCCUCAGAGGGACUUUAAUGAAGGCUACUCUCACUGCUGGAGGGAGUCUGUCCACUUCCUCACUCUUCAUUCCACCGGAGGAGGAUCUGGCCGGGAGCUCCAGCAUCUCCACAACGCCCAGCGAGCGAGCGCUGCUAUCGGCUCCACUCCACCGGCACCUUUCUCUAAACUGAGCAUGGCUGGUUUGCAACAGCUUGACAUCAGGAGGCCCGUCUGGAGACCCUGGUAGAGAUGCUGUGAACUAUAAACCCUGAGGGACAGUCGUAUUAACGUCUCUCAUGAAAG